AUGGUGGACCUUCUCGCCCGAGCAGGAAAUUUGGAUGAAGCAUACAUCUUUAUUCAAAGGAUGCCAUUCGAGCCUGAUGUUCGUGUAUGGAGUGCAUUGCUUGCUGCAUGUAGGACCCACAGAAAUAUUGAAAUGGGGGAAGAAGUGUCAAAGAGGAUCCAGAAGCUGGGACCUGAAAGUACAGGAAACUUUGUUCUUAUGUCAAACAUCUAUAGCUCUGUUGGGAGAUGGGAUGAUGCAGCACAAAUCAGAACAAUACAACAGCAUCAAGGUUACAAGAAAAGCCCAGGAUGCAGUUGGGUUAAGGUCUCUGGCGUAAUCCAUGGAUUUAUUGGCGGGGAUCAAUCUCAUCCACAAUCAGCAUCCAUAAAUAAAAAAUUACAGGAGCUGCUAGUGCAAAUGAAAAGGCUGGGAUACAGUGCAGAUUCUAAUUUUGUUCUCCAUGAUGUUGAAGAAGAGGAGAAAGAACAGAUUCUCCUAUAUCAUAGUGAAAAAAUAGCCAUUGCAUUUGGACUUCUUAAUAUCAGCCCCUCCAAGCCCAUUCUAGUUACAAAAAAUCUGAGAAUUUGUGUUGACUGCCAUUCUGCAAUAAAGUUUAUGGCACUCAUAACAAAUAGGGAGAUAAUAGUGAGAGAUGCAAGUCGAUUCCAUCAUUUUAAGAACGGCAUAUGCAAUUGUGGGGAUUUCUGGUGA